AUGGGUAUCAAACAAAAUAUCCGGCUGUGGGAGAAUCAUGUCGAGUACAUCGACGAACAUGGUGUCGAGGUCGAGGCUAUUGCCCCACGAGUAUGGCCAGAGAACCCAAUUAAAAUCGUGCGGAUGCUGUCUUGGAAGGGCUGGGUUUUCUUCCUCGUUGGCCUGUUCUCCUGGGCUUGUGACGGAUACGACUAUAAUGCGGUCAAUCUGGUUGCCACCAACUUGUCAACAGUCUACAACGUAGAUCUGACAGAUAUCACGCUGUCGGUUACCCUGACGCUCCUCGUUCGACCUAUUGGCGCUAUUAUUUUCGGCAUACUAGCAGACAUGUUCGGCCGAAAGUGGAUAAUGUCAAUCAACCUGUGGAUUCUGGCUGUGUUGCAGGUGGGCACGGCGUACGCAGGUUCGUUUGGCGCUUUUGUCGGAGUCCGGACGAUUUUCGGGUGUUGCAUGGGUGGAAUCUGGGGCAUGGCGGCCGCUCUGUCCCUAGAAAACAUGCCCGUCGAGGCCCGAGGCCUUUUCUCUGGAAUCCUACAAAACGGUUAUGCGAUGGGAUAUGUCCUAGCAGCGAUGGUCAACAUUGUCGGGGUGCCCAAGACGAGUUACAAAGUAAUCUUCUUCGCGGGCGCGGGUUUCACAGCCGUCAUGGCCAUCAUCGUCAUGUGCAUACCCGAGUCCUCCAUCUUUGCCAAGGAAACCAUCGAUACCGACGGAUUCAUCGCGGAAGAGGGUACGUCCAUAGGCAUCAACCCUAAGAAGCGUAUCUCACUAUUCCUCCGUGAUGCCCGCCUGGCUGCGCGCCAGUAUUGGAAAAUGUUCCUAUUUAGCAUCCUCUUCGCGUCGGUGUACAAUUGGGAGACACACGCGUGCCAGGAUAUUUUCCCCUCCUAUCUCAAGGUCCAGAAGGGCUUUACUUCGCGACAGGCUAGUCUAGCUGCCAUCCUUGGUCAGUGCGGUGCCAUCAUUGGUGGGCCAAUGGCUGGUUACUAUUCGCAGUUCUUUGGCCGCCGUCAGACUUCCAUUGCAUGUAUCGUGCUUGCUUGGGUUUUCAUACCUCUAUUCACCUUGCCAAAUGGUUACAGCGCCAUCAUGGCCGGGACAUUCUGCCUGCUUUUCUUUGUUAACGCCUCGUGGGGGAUAAUGCCCAUUCUUCUCAAUGAGUACAGCCCACCUCAGUUUCGCGCGGUGUUCCCCGGAACGGUAUACCAAUUGGGUAACCUCAUCAGCGCCCCAGCCGCUCAGUCGCAGACUGCAGCGGCCAGCGGGUGGAUCCGCGAUGGCAAGCCAAAUUAUAAUCAGGUCAUGACUAUUUUUAUGUGUGUCAUCUUUUUGCUGGCCAUUUUAGUCUGUGCCAUGGGUCCAGAGCGCCGCGGAAGCCACUUCGAGGUCAUCAAGCGCGCUGGUGCAAUGGAGAAUAUCAUGCGGGAAGAGAAAGAACUAGGUCUUCGAGCCGCAGCUGCCGAAACUGUCCAAACUCUCCAAGAUAAAUAA